AGCAGCAGCAACAGCAGCAGGUUUACCUGCAGCGGAGGCUCUUACUAACGGUAGACCCAUCCCAGAGGAGGCCCGUCGGUGGGUUGUGGCCGUGCAGCAGCAGCAGCAGCAGCAGCAGGAGCCUUGGCUAGUAACGAAAGGGUUGCUGCUGCCUGAAGAGUGGAGGCAGGCGCAGACUGCUGCACUUAGCCUCCCUCCCUUCGUGCUCUUUGCUGCUUUGCUUGCUGCCAACAAACAGCAGCAGCAGCAGCAACAGCAGCAGCAGCAGCAAGUGCAGCAGGAGUCGCUGCAGUUGACAACUGCACAGACAGCCCGAGGCCUCGAGACUGUCCUUGGCCUCCCCCCACACCUAAGUGUAUUGGUCGCGCUGCUGCUGGAUAUAAGAGGCGAAGACCUCAUCAGCUACACGGACUUCAGAAGGCUGCCUUCUUACUUGCAUGCAGCAGCACGUGCUGCUGCUGCUGCUGCUGGAGGUGCUGCUACAGCAGCAGGGGCGCGUGGAGCCUCGACGAGCAGCACCCCGUGGUGGCUGGAGGCGCUGCUGCAGGGACCAAGGCAGGCAACACAAACAGCAGCAGCAGCAGCAGCAGCAGCAACAGAACUCAGGGACGACUUGCUGCUGCUGCUUGCUGCAGCACGCAUUCGUGGGGGCUUCAAUAAAGCCCUCAGUGGUCUUAAUAUAUACACUGCAGCAGGAAUGCCUAUUGCUGCUGCUGAGACAGACAAAGUGCUGCUGCGUCUUGGUAUGAGGCCCACAGCAGCUCGAUCGCUACAGCUGCUGCUGCAGGCAGCAGCAAUGAGCAGCAGCAGCAACAGCAUCAGCAACAGCAGCAGCAGCAGCAACGGCCCAUCUUUGUCAGUGCUGGAGCACUGGCUGCAUGCAGCGCAGCAGCUGGCUCCUCUUGUGCUGCAAGAUGUCUUCUGCUGUCUCUUCAACUCGCAGCCCUUCUCUCCUGCUGCUGCUGCUCCUCACGAGUCAGCCUCCCCCACAACUGCUGCUGCUGCUGCUGCUGCUGUCGCCUAUUUCUGGGAGGGAAGCUGGAGUGUAUGGGAAGGGCAACGCGCUGCUGCUCUCAUUGAAGCAGCGGGGCUCAGCGCGCUGGCGUCCCCGGCAGCAGCAGCACCUGCAACAGGUAGCAGCAGCAGCAGCAGCAGCAAAACUGAGGCGUCGCUGCUGGACCCUUGUAGGAUCCGCAGCAGCUACAAAGCAUUUCAGCAGCAGCACCACGAGCUGCUGCUGCUGCUACUGCGGUCUCUGCGCGCAAACAACAUAUCUAUUGAGACAUUCUGCUGCAGCCGUCUGCUGCAGCAGCAACUGCAGCAGCAGGGCGCUAAUGCUGCACCACCGACGCCCGAAGCAGCUGCUGCUGCUCUCCUUAGGCGCAUCAAAUACCACGUUAUCCCAACAGCAGCAGCAGCAGCAGCAGCAGCAGCAGAUGUGUCGCGCUGGGUUUUUGUGGAAGAGUGCACUUUGCUGCUGCUGCCUACCCUCAGCAGCAACUGCAGCAGCAGCAGCAGCAGCGGCAGCAGCGCUGUGGGUGCUGUAAGUAGGUCCCUUCAUUUGCUGUUUGACGCAGCAGAUCCGAAGGCGAGAGGCAGUGUCUCUGCUGCUGCGCUGCAGCUGCUGCUGCAGGAUGCUGAGCUGCUGCAGCUGCAGCGCGACAGCAAAGCCCUUGUUGCCUUAAGGCGGCUUGAGGCCCAGGAAGCCCAGCAGCAGCAGCAGCAACAGCAGCAGCAGCAGCUUGACGUAGCAGGCAGCGGCGGUAUCUUCGAGCUCGCAGAGCUGUUGAACGAGGCCCCCUCCAACCAACAGCAGCAACAGCAGCAGCAGCAGCAGAGGCUAAGCGCAACAGCACUUCGGUCUCACCCGGCGCUGCAGCGGCUGCGAGAGAAGAUGCUGCUGAGCAGCUGGACCUUCGCAGAUCUGUGCAUACACUUGGGCUGCAGCACCUCAGCAGCCCGCACGCUGACCUGCAGCAGCAGCAGCAGCAACAGCAGCAGCAGCAGCAAGGGGCUCUGUCUGUACAGAACGGCCUUCCGCAGAGCUGCUGCUGUUCGUGCUGCACUCGUCAGCAGCGCAGCAGCAGAUGAUUUGUUUGAUCGCCUUGCGGUGGCUGAGGAGGCCCCCGUUCGCGUUGCAGCAAGGCGAAGCAGCAGCAGCAAGAAGCAGCAGCAGCAGCAGCGGGACCACUGGGCCCUCCCUCUGCUGCAUGUACAAGACCUUCUAGCUGCUCUUGCUUCUUCAAAACAAUUUUGGGGUGUCUGCAGCAGCGCUGCCUGUCGGGUUCUCUUCCUGUUGCUGCGGCAGCGCUUAGCUUCGAUGCAGCAGCAGCAGCAACAGCAGCAGGAGCAGCAAGCUCUAGGGGGGGCCCCCCAAACAGAAGCGGAGCUGCUCGCGGACCUCCUUGCAGCAGCCGAGCAUAACUUGAGAAGCAACCCGGAAUAUCAGCAGCAGCAAGCAGCAGCAGAGGCAGCAGCAGCAGCAGCAGCAGCAGCAGGUGGAGCGCAGGUGCUGGUGUCGCGCUUGGUGUUGCAGCACGCUGCAGCAAACCUUGCACAGGGCCUUCUUAUUGCUGCCGACCUCGAUGCCCUUGCGGACUGGUGCGGGACUGACCAGGGUUUACCUGCUGAGGUGUGCGAUGUCUCGCUGCUGUUCCGGGCAAUGGAAGACGCAGCAACUCGCAGCAGCAGCAAAAACCGCCAGCUGCUGCAGUGUCUUGCCUCAGGGGCCCUUGCUGCUGCAGCCGCACAGGUUGGCUGGAGCUCCCCACAAGGCCCGGCUGUCUCCUUGAUGGAUGCUGCAGCAGCUCUUGAGGGUCGAGGGCACCGCAUAUUGCCUGACGAGCUGCUGCUGCUGCUCUCAUCCUUACAGCAGCAACAGCAGCAGCAACAGCAGCAGCAGCAGCAGGGGCAGCUGCUGUUUGAUUCGCAGCAAGGGCUACUGUAUGUACAGCCUCUUCAGGCAGCCCUGCAGCGGCACCUUCUCUCGUCACGCCCAGCUGCUGAAGAUAGCAGCAGCAGCAGCAGCAGCUGUGCCAGUAUGCGUUGUGAUGGUGUUCUGCUGCAGCUGUUGCUGCUGCGUAUGCGAGCGGUUGCUGCUCUACAUUCGCUCGAUGUGCUGCAGCUCUUUGCUGCUGUUUGCUGCAGCAACGCAGCAGCAAAUAACCCAACAGCAGCAAACUGGAGGGAAGCACUUCAAGCCACACUGUGGGGCGUGCUUGGGCGUUGCUGCUGCUGCGACUGCAGCAGCAGCAACAGCAGCAGCAGCAGGGGACAGUGCGUGUGCGUGGAGGCUGCAGUGCAGCGUCUGAUGCUGCAUGCAGCAGACAGCAAAUCCUUACAGGAGCUGCUGCUGCUGCAGCUGCCAGAGCUGCAGCAGCAGCUGCCACCUCUAUUCUUGGGGCUGGGUUCCGAACAGCAGCAGCUACAACAACUGCAGCAGCUGCAGCAGCAGCAAGGAUGCCGGGUAACUGCCGAGGAGUUUAAGGCCUUCUUCGCCCGCAGGGGCAGCAGCACAGCAGCAGAACUCUGGCUGCUGCUGCUGCAGCAGCAGCAGCAGGCUGGAGACGAGAGCAGCUACCCUCACACAGUCUCUUUGUCUGCAUGCCUAGAACUCCUGGCUCUAUUCAUGGAAGAUGCGCAGCAGCAGCAGCAGCAGCAGCAGCGUAGCAAGCUGCUGCUACAUUUGAAGGCAUCUCCUGAGGUUGCUGCAGCACGAACUGCGCUGCUCACAUCCACGCAGCAGCAGCAGCAGCAGCAACUGGCUCGGCUUGCUGAAGCAGAAAGCAUCCUCAGGCGCACUGCGCAGACAGCACGCCGACGCGCGCGAGCAGCAGCAGCAGCAGCAGCAGCAGCAGCAGCAGGGGGAUCAGCUGCAGCAGCUGCAGCAGCAGACGAAGGUGCAGCAGCAGAAGGAAUUGUAGGGCCUCUGUAUAAGGCCCUAGCGUCUUCAUACUGUCAGCACCAUUUGCUGCUGCAGAUCAGCAAGCCGCGCAUAGUCUGCAGGGCAGCAGCAGCAGCAGCAGGUGGUGGUGCUGGUGCUGCUGCCUCAGGCCUUUCUGCUGCCUUCAGCAUGCACUGCAGCUUUUUUGGAUUCGAUGAGCAGCUACACACGGAGUUUCCUGCAGCAGCAGCAGCAGGAACAGCAGUAACAGCAGCUGCAGCACCAGCAGAGGCAGCACCUCCAGAGCCGCUGCUGCUGCUGCGCUCCUCACUGCCGUCAGAGCUGCCAGCGCAGUGCAGCAAAAGCAGCAGCAACAACAACAACAGCUUCUGCUGCAUCUCGGGAAGGGAAGCUGCUGGUGCCCUUCAGACGUUGCUGCGGCCGGACGAGUCGCUCCUUCUGCUGCGAGUACAGCAGCAGCAGCAGCAGCAGCAGCAGCAGCAAGAUGGAGGCGAGUGCUGGGUGGGCAGCUUGCCGCAGCAGCUGGCGCUGCUGCAGCAGCAGCACCGUUUGCUGCUGCAGAAACUGCAACGCGGCGCAGAGAACCAGCAGCAGGAGGAGCAGCAACAGGGGCUGGAUGCGCCGCCGCCGCAACAGCAACAGCAGCAGCCGAAGCAGCAGCAGCAGCACCAAGAGGAGAGCAGCAGUGAUUGGGACGAGCUGCAUGAUAUUGCUGUGGCUAACGCCAGAUCAAGGCCUCCUGCAGCAGCAGCAGCAGCAGCAGCAGCAACGGCAGCGGAGGCGGCAACAGCAGCACCAGCAGCAGCGAUUGACGCAGCAGCAGUAGCAGCAGCAGCAACAGCAAAUGAAGCAACAGCAGGAGAUGCACCUGAGCUGCUGGACUUCCCCGAGGGGCCUCGCGGCCCCACUGCGCUCUCCUCAGCAGCAGCAGAACCUACACCAUCCAUAGCAGCAGCAGCAGCAGCAGCAGCAGCAGCACCAACUGCUCCUGCUUCUGCUGGAGGUUCAGCUUCUGCUGCAGCAGAACCAGCGCCCCUAGUCAGCAACUGCAUGCGCAUUCGCGUAGCCGACUUGGUCCUUGAUGUGGCCGAGCUGCAGCAGCAGCAGCAGCAGCAGCAGCAGCAGCAUCGUGUGUGGACGUUGGCAGUAGCUCGGCAUGGGGGCCCCCACAGUCGCGUUCUGCAGCGCUGGCGAGUGCCCCUAACCGCAUUGGGGGCCCCCCUAAUCCCUGAAGAGAUUAUUGUGCUGCUAGGACCUGCUGCUGCUGCUGCUGGGCCUGCGUGCAUCUGCUUUCCUCUGCAGCAGCAGCAGCAGCAGCAGCAGCAGCAGAGGCAGGAUCAUUGUCCCACUGACGCCACCCAAGCCACGAAGGAGCUGCUGUCCUUUUGUUUAUUUGCUGCUGACGGCAGCAACUGUCUCCUUGAGGAGACAGUUGUUGCAAGUGCAGUUUUACAUGUCCCUGGGGGCCCUGGGGGCCCCGUAGCAGAAGCAGCUCUCAGUUUGCUGCUGCACCAGGGGGCCCCUGAGGACUUGCUGCCUGCAACAGGGGGCCCCCGGGGGCCCCCCCUUGAAGCAGCUUCUGACCAGCGGUCCCCAAGGGCCCCCACAGGUCGGGUAUUGGGUCGAUUGCAUCUUGCAGUGGAGUUAAUACCAGAAC